AUGGAUACCGGCGAUUCAACAGAUGAAUAUUUCAAAAGCUACGAGGAUUUGGAAGUUCAUCGAUUGAUGCUAGAGGAUAAACCACGUACCCUUGCCUAUAAACGUGCAAUAUUUGCUUGUAGCGAGAAAUUUCACAACAAAAUUGUUAUGGAUGUUGGGGCUGGGACGGGUAUACUGUCGGUGUUCUGUGCCAAAGCGGGUGCUGCAAAAAUUUAUGCUAUAGAAGCAAGCAACAUGGCACAAGUAGCAAAAGAAGUAGUUCGCGAGAAUGGUUUUGAAAAUAUUGUUGAAGUGAUUCACAGUAGAGUAGAAGAUUUAAAAAGUGAUGAUAUCGGUAAAGUUGAUAUCAUAGUUUCUGAAUGGAUGGGAUUUCAUUUGAUGCACGAGGGAAUGCUGGAUUCGGUAAUUGUGGCCAGAGAUCAAUUCUUGAAAGAAAAUGGACUCAUGUUCCCUAACGAGGCCAAACUUUAUGCAUCUCCUUGUCAAUUAUCCACUGUGUAUGAUUUCUGGAACGACGUAUACGGAGUCAGUAUGGAAUUUGUCAGCCGGGAAGAGAGACGUUUGAAGUCCAAAAAACCAGAUAUUUCGACUUUAGACGCAAAUAACUUACUGACAGAUGGAAAGCUGCUCAUUUGGCUGGAUCUGAAUUCAGUAACUAUGCCAGAAUUAGUGAGUCUCGGUGGUGAAGCUACGGUCGUACCGUGUAAUCGAGAUGGAAUAUAUCAGGGUCUUUGCGUAUGGUUUUCUGUUACAUUUCCGGAUGGUUCGGAAUUAUCGACUAGUCCAGAGUACGAAUCGACUCAUUGGAAACAAAGUAUUGUAGUACUCCCACACGAUAUUCCAGUAAAGAAAGAUGAACCAGUAGCGUUCAAGCUCGAACUCCUUAAGGAUUCUCUGAAACCAAGAAUUUAUAAUGUGGAAUACACUCAGUUAGACCCAGAAAAUAUCGAACACGAUAUACCCUGCGAUUGUUAUAUGACCAAGUGUUUAGUGAUAAAAGCCUAUCUCUCUGAACAUCCAGGUGAAAAUAUCGAGGCUAGUGAAACUUAAUUUUUACUACGACGUCACAUGUCUUGUCAUUUCAAGUACGAUACUGCAUCUAUUCUUGCGUACGCAGGUUUCCUUGCGACUAAAUGUAUGGGGUAAUCUACGUGAAAAGGGAAAGGGUUUCGACCGUUGGUUAGCGAUUUUGACGUGUGGCCAGAAUCUCAUUCUUAACUACCUUGUGAAAACUCUUCCAUAGUUUUGGUUCCAAAUAAUUC